GCUACAUAGAUGUUUGCGUCCGAUGUCCAAUGUCUAUGAACUAAAUUAUUGUGAAAAAAUAUCGUAAUACGUAAAUCAUGGUCGUUAGUGAAAUUAUAUCUUACAUUUUUUCCAACCCCUCUAUUCUCAUAGCUCUAUUUUUACUAUACUGUUUUGUCUAUGGGUUGUCAAUCUUGUUUUCGGGUCCGAAACCCGGACGGAACCCGUUUGCUGCUCGGUAUGUCAGGCCUCCACCGCCGCUCGUUACCGAACAUUCGGAGAGAUACAAGGUGCUCAAAUACAGAUUCAAGCAAAACAGGAUACCAGACGACAUUGACACCAUUAUUGUUGGGAGUGGAAUUGGCGGGUUGACCACGGCUGUGUUACUGGGGCGGGCCGGUCAUAAAGUUCUAGUUCUGGAACAACAUGACCAGGCAGGCGGCUGCUGUCACACCUUUGUGGAAAAGGGAUAUGAGUUUGAUACAGGCAUACACUAUGUUGGUAAGAUGAUGGAUGGUGACCAGACAAGAGUGUUCACAGAUCAGGUGACAGAAGGGCAGGUUGUCUGGACUCCCAUGGACAAUGUCUUUGACACAGUGACUUUGGGCCCGUCAGAGAAGGCCAAGUUUUACCCUCUCAAGUGUGGAUCCAAGGAAGAGUUCGCUAGAAAUGCUGAGGAACUUUUUCCCAAAGAGAAGAAAGCAAUUGCUGAGUUCAUGAAACUGCUUGAUGACUGCAGAGGUACAUUCCUCGGAGUAAUGGUCCCCAAGUUUCUGCCCCGCUGGCUGGCAAUGCUGUCCAUUAAGACAGGCAUCUACCAACUUGUCAUGAGAAAGUUCAUGAGGCUGACAAAACUCACCGUGAAACAAGCCCUCGAUGAUUUGUCCGAUGACCAGGAAUUCAAAGCCUGCAUGAGUUACAUCUUUGGAGACAUGGGCGUUGUGCCGAGCAAGCUGAGCAUGAUGGGGUUUGCGACGGUGUUGAACCACUACAUUCCGGGCUCAUUCUACCCACUGGGGGGGACGAGCGAGAUCGCGUUCCAGAUUGUUCAGGUUAUCGAGAAGUACGGGGGUCGUGUAAUGGUGGAUGCUCCCGUCUCUCAGAUCCUCGUUAAUGAGAAAGGCAGAGUGCAUGGUGUGCGUGUAAAGAAAAGUAGCGGAGAAAUUGACAUCUUUGCCAAGCGAGUCAUAUCUGAUGCCGGGAUUAUCAACACUCUGAAGCACCUGCUUCCAAAAGAAGUUGCGGAGAAGAGUCCAAUCUACCCGAUGCUUGGUCAGCAGCUUAAGCCAAGUGUCUCAUAUCUGACAGCCUUCAUAGGCCUGGAAGGAUCCCAGGAAGAACUGCAGCUACCCAAGGGAAACUUCUGGUCAUUCUGCAAUGCAAAUUUUGAGGAUGACCUGGAGGCAUAUGUGAAAAUGUCAGUGGAAGAGGCUGCUGACGGAGAGGUCCCGCUAAUGUUCACCUCAUUUCCAUCAGCUAAGGAUGCUGCAUGGGAGGAGAAAAACCCAGGGAAGUCAGUUGCCUUAGUAAUCACACUGUUGCCAUGGGAAUGGUUUAGUCGCUGGGAGACGGAAAAGAUCAAACAUAGGGGAGAUGACUAUAACGGCCUGAAGAUGAGGAUCGGACAACAGAUGUGGCGACAGCUUGAGAACAUGUUCCCUAAACUACAGGGCAAGAUGACCUACCUAGAUGUGGGUACUCCCCUAUCCAACAAGUACUACCUAGGCCAGUCCGAGGGAGAGAUGUAUGGCCUUGACCACAACAUUGAUCGCUUCCUGCCAGAGGUCUCCAUGGAACUGAGGCCUGAGUCUGGUAUCAAGGGGUUAUACUUUACAGGCCAGGAUAUUCUGACGUGUGGCUUCAGCGGAGCGAUGCAUGCCGGGCUGUUGACUGCCUCAAAAGUUCUCCACAGGAACCUGCUCAAUGACCUGACGGCAGUCACCAAGGAAGUACGAGCUAGCAACAAGAAGGUGAAAACAGAGUGAUUCAGGAAUUGUUUAUAGUAAUCACCAGGAGUUGUUUAAGUUUAGAAUUCGUUCAAAUUAUGAUUCCAGGCCUCAGUUGAACACUGUUAUACCAUCAGUGCAUACUUUCCAGAUAAAAAAAAAUGGCUACCGGAUAGUUUAAAUAAAAUGCUUUUAAGAAAAGAACAAACCCCCCAAAAAUACUUUGCUGAAGCGAAUAUAAUUUCUAUAAAAAUCAUCUUAGUUAAGGACAAAAACCUGGUUUUCUGAGAAAAAUCCCCUGGUUUUCUGAGCAAAAUCCCCUGAUUUUAUGAGCAAAAUCCCCUGGUUUUCUGAGCAAGAUCCCCUAGCAAGAUCCCCUUGUUUUCUGAGCAAAAUCCCCUGGGAAGCCUUCCAUCAAUAUGGCAUGUUUGAUAAUGUAAGGUCAAAUUAAAAAAUUUAACCAUGACAAUUUCAUUUACACCAAUAAUUGUGAACAAUAUUGUGCCUAUUAAUGACUGCACCCAAUGUCUUGGUAAUAAAUAUUUAUUUACAUAUCCUUCGACCUCUUUGUACAAAAAUGUACCUUUUGCUAGUACUAGCAUGAACUUUUAAUUUAUACUUUGUAUUUGUUAAAUUUUAUGAUUUACAAACAAAUUAAUAAUGUCUUUUUUAUACAAAUUUAUUGUUCUGCUGUACAUGCGCAUUUAGUUAUGUUAAACUUUUUGUUUGGAAGUAUCAAAACUUGUCAAAGUGGAGUGUUCAAAUUUGAAAAAAAUGUUGAUUUUAUGUUAUUUCAUUCUUGGACAUUUCUUUUAUAUUGUAAUAAAGCACAUCUCAUCAACAUGUGUAUGUAAAACACGAAAUAUAAUCAUGAUUUGUUAGUCUUUUAUCUUUGAAAAUGAUAUGUUUUUGCUGUUGUAUAUUAUUUAUAACUAAAAUAUUUUGAAUCUGUGAUAAACAACUUACAUGUACAUCAUGGUUUUGUGAAAAUGACGGUUGUGUGAUAUUUAGUUGUCAGGAUCAUAGAUUCACAUUCAAUUUCAAUAUUUAACACAGUCAUAGAAAUUAAGGUUUGAAGCGUGGCUAUUAACAGGUAUACAUUAUGUUUAAGAAAAUUGCUUGGAUUAUUUAUGGAUUUUUGCAUUAUUCUUGUGUUUAGUUUAAGAAUAUUUAUAGGAUGGUGGUUUGUUGUGGUGUAAGAUUGUAAUAUAUUCCACCGAGUCAGCACCAAAAGUGUUAGAUGUAAUUAAUUGUGAUCUUACACUGAAAUAAACAAUUUUUGUUUUCAUGAUGUGCCUAAAAACGAUAUGAAAAGGACAGUUAACUGUGUUUUUUAGAAAAGAGUAUCAAAUUGUAUUUGAACA